GCUACGGAGCUGGCGGAGGUUGCACGUCUUACGCAGGCGGCGGCAGCGACGGCGCUGGGAGAUUGAGGCGUCAGCGCCCGCAGGCUGGGUCCCCAGCCUGGGAAAAGAUGGCCCCUCGACCCCCGAGGGGCCUGGUCCCAGCACUGCUCUGGGGCCUGACCUUCAUCUUCAGCCUCCCAGGCCCAGUUAGGCUCCAGCCCUCUCCAAUUCCUCAGUCUUCUCCCCCAACUGAGCCCCAUCCAUGUCAUACGUGCCGGGGACUGGUCGACAGCUUCAACAAGGGCCUGGAGAGAACCAUCCGGGAUAACUUUGGAGGUGGAAACACUGCCUGGGAGGAAGAGAAGUUGUCCAAAUACAAAGACAGUGAGACCCGCCUGGUAGAAGUGCUUGAGAGCGUGUGCAGCAAGUCAGACUACGAGUGCCACCGCCUGCUGGAGCUGAGUGAGGAGCUGGUGGAGAGUUGGUGGUUUCACAAGCAGCAGGAAGCCCCAGACCUCUUCCAAUGGCUCUGCUCAGAUUCCCUGAAGCUCUGCUGCCCCUCAGGCACCUUCGGGCCCUCCUGCCUUGAAUUGUAUUUACAAUCUCACCCGGUUUGGUGUCUGCCCACAGCCUGUCCUGGGGGCACAGAGAAGCCCUGCGGUGGCUAUGGGCAGUGUGAAGGGGAAGGGACUCGAGGGGGCAGCGGGCACUGUGACUGCCAAGCCGGCUAUGGGGGUGAGGCCUGUGGCCAGUGUGGCCUCGGCUACUUUGAGGCGGAGCGCAACGCCAGCCAUCUGGUAUGUUCGGCUUGUUUUGGCCCCUGUGCCCGCUGCUCAGGACCUGAGGAAUCAAACUGUUUACAGUGCAAGAAGGGUUGGGCCCUGCAUCACCUCAAGUGUAUAGAUAUUGACGAGUGUGGCACAGAGCGAGCCAGUUGUGGAGCUGACCAAUUCUGCGUGAAUACAGAGGGUUCCUAUGAGUGCCGAGAGUGUUCCAAGGCCUGCUUGGGCUGCAUGGGGGCAGGGCCGGGCCGCUGUAAGAAGUGUAGCUCUGGCUACCAGCAGGUGGGCUCCAAGUGUCUCGAUGUGGACGAGUGUGAGACAGAGAUGUGUCCAGGAGAGAACGAGCAGUGCAAGAACACCGAGGGCAGUUACCGUUGUGUCUGUACCGAGGGCUACAAACAGAUUGAGGGCAUCUGUGUGAAGGAGCAGAUCCCAGAGUCAGCAGGCUUCUUCUCGGAGAUGACGGAGGACGAGCUGGUGGUGCUGCAGCAGAUGUUCUUUGGUGUCAUCAUCUGUGCACUGGCCACACUGGCAGCCAAGGGCGACUUGGUCUUCACCGCCAUAUUCAUUGGGGCUGUGGCAGCCAUGACUGGCUACUGGUUGUCAGAGCGCAGUGACCGUGUGCUGGAAGGCUUCAUCAAAGGCAGAUAAUCUCUGCCACACCUGUAGGAUCUCCUCUCACCCCGGCUGCCCCCAGAGGUCAGGUGUUUCCUGCCUGGACACUCAAGGCAGCUUGCUUUAUUUUUGAGAGUGGGGUAAGCACUCCCUAUCCACCUGCGAAGCAGCCCAGGCACCUAGGUCUGGGCAGGUGAGGCCCCUGGAGUGAGGAAGUAGCCCUAAAGGUGGAUACAUUGAGAUCUUGGCCUUGAGGGUACUGGGCAGGCUUCACAAUGUGUGUGCAUUUUUAAAGAAAAGGUGUCUCCUUGUGGAGGCUGUUGGUGAGCUUUGGCUCCUGCCCAGGAUGAGGGGGGGUCUUUGCAGGAAGGUCCACCACAGCAUCCGCCUGCCAGCUGCAUGCUGCCAGCUCCUGUUCUGUAUUCACCCCCCACCCCUCAGCCACUGAUUUAUUUAUUCAUCUCAGGAAAUAAAGUCUUGGAAAAUGGAAAA